AGUCCCACCAGAGGAGCUGAAGAUUUCAUUGCUGCGCUCUGGAGUGACUAUUACAACGAUUACAGUGGUGUGUUCUCAUAUCAGCAGUACACAAAUGGAAGCGUCCUCACUCGCGCCACUCAGGAUAUCAACCAGUAUUUCUCUCAAGUGAACAUCAAUGCUGCUUGGGUCUUUGUCGUCACUUGGAGAUAUGCUCUUCAGCCAGACCCGGCAAUCCUUUUUCAAGUCGUUUUAAUUUCAGGCAGUGGUCAGUCUUACUUUCUGAUGAAUUAUGGUGACUGUGCUGUCUUAUAUGGUCAAUUGGAGGCUGGAUAUGACACAAUAAACUCCAUAAGCCACUUUGUAAUUCCUGAUUCAACUAAUGGCAACUACCAAAACCUGAAGAACACAACUAAUGUAAAUGUUCCUGGUCGUUGGGCAUUUAACGCAUGGGCAGCACCAGCAAUAUUCUAUCUGUUCGGCUCAGCAGCAGGAGACACAGAAUAUUCUCUUACUUCCGAUGAAGGCUAUGUACCCGUUUCCUUCUCCAUUCCAUACACAUUCUUUGGCAACACGUACAACAGCUUAUAUGUUCAUUUUAACGGACUCCUUACAUUCAACCAACCUGAACCAGCAUCUGGACCUAACUAUAAUCCCACCAGAGGAGCUGAAGAUUUCAUUGCUGCACUCUGGAGUGACCUUGAUGACUAUUACAGUUGCUUUUUCUCAUAUCAGCAGUACACAAAUGGAAGCGUCCUCACUCGCGCCACUCAUGAUAUCAACCAGUAUUUCCCUCAGAUGAACUUCACUGCUUCUUGGGUCUUUGUCGUCACUUGGAAAUAUGGACCUCAGCAAAACCCGGCAAUCCUGUUUCAAGUGGUUUUGAUUUCAGGUGGCAAUCUUUCUUUCUUUCUGAUGAAUUAUGGCGACUUCGCAGUAAUUUAUGAACAAACGGAGGCUGGAUAUGACACAAUAAACUCCAUAUACCACUUUGUAAUUCCCGAUUCAAAUAACAGCAACUACCAAAACCUCAAGAACACAACUAAUGUAAACGUUCCUGGUCGUUGGGCCUUCAUCGCAGGCAAUGAAUCAGUAACCACCACACCGACCACCACAUUUCCAUCAGUCAAUACAACAACAACAACUGCUCAGCCAUGGACAGCGCCAGCAGUAUUUUAUCCAUUCGGUUUAGCAGCAGGAGACACUGAACAUGUUGAAACUGGUGGUGAAAGCUACUAUUCUGUUGGUCUUUCAACUCCAUUUAAGUUCUUUGGCCGAACAUACAACCAGAUAUAUGUUAAUUAUAAUGGACCCCUUACCUUCAACGUACCUUCAACAUCAGGACCAUACAGUCCCACCAGAGGAGCUGAAGAUUUCAUUGCUGCGCUCUGGAAUGACUUUGACGACUAUUUCAAUGGUGUGUUCUCGUAUCAGCAGUACACAAAUGGAAGCGUCCUCACUCGCGCCACUCAGGAUAUCAACCAGUAUUUCUCUCAAGUGAACAUCAAUGCUGCUUGGGUCUUUGUCGUCACUUGGAGAUAUGCUCUUCAGCCAAACCCGGCAAUCCUGUUUCAAGUCGUUUUAAUUUCAGGCAGUGGUCAGUCUUACUUUCUGAUGAAUUAUGGUGACUGCGCUGUCUUAUAUGGUCAAUUGGAGGCUGGAUAUGACACAAUAAACUCCAUAAGCCACUUUGUAAUUCCUGAUUCAACUAAUGGCAACUACCAAAACCUGAAGAACACGACUAAUGUAAAUGUUCCUGGUCGUUGGGCAUUUAAUGCAUGGGCAGCACCAGCAAUAUUCUAUCUAUUUGGCUCAGCAGCAGGAGACACAGAAUAUUCUCUUACUUCCGAUGAAGGCUAUGUACCCGUUUCCUUCUCCAUUCCAUAUACAUUCUUUGGCCACACAUACAACAGCUUAUAUGUUCAUUUUAACGGACUCCUUACAUUCAACCAACCUGAACCAGCAUCUGGACCUAACUAUAAUCCCACCAGAGGAGCUGAAGAUUUCAUUGCUGCGCUCUGGAGUGACCUUGAUGACUAUUACAGUUGCUUUUUCUCAUAUCAGCAGUACACAAAUGGAAGCGUCCUCACUCGUGCCACUCAUGAUAUCAACCAGUAUUUCCCUCAGAUGAACUUCACUGCUUCUUGGGUCUUUGUCGUCACUUGGAAAUAUGGACCUCAGCAAAAUUUGGCAAUCCUGUUUCAAGUGGUUUUGAUUUCAGGUCGCAAUCUUUCUUUCUUUCUGAUGAAUUAUGGUGACUUCGCUGCUGGAUAUGACACAAUAAACUCCAUAUACCACUUUGUAAUUCCCGAUUCAACUAACGGCAACUACCAAAACCUGAAGAACACGACUAACGUAAACGUUCCUGGUCGUUGGGCCUUCAUCGCAAGCAAUGCAUCAGUAACCACCACAACGACCACCACAGUCAGUACAACAACAACUGCACAGCCAUGGACAGCACCAGCAAUAUUUUAUCCAUUUGGCUCAGCAGCAAGAGAUGCCGAACGUCUUAUUUCUGGUGAUGAAGCCUAUGAGCCUGUUGCCUUAUCCACUCCAUAUACAUUCUUUGGCCGCACAUACAACAGCUUAUAUGUUCAUUAUAACGGACUCAUUACAUUCAACCAACCUCAACCAGCAUCUGGACCAUACUACUAUGUCACGAGAGGAGCCGAAGAUUUCAUCGCUCCGCUUUGGAGUGACCUUGAUGACAUGGGUUGGAUGGGAAAGUACUGGUAUCAGCAGUACACAAGUGGAAGUGUCCUCACUCGCGCCACUCAGGAUAUCAACCGGUAUUUCCCUCAGAUGAACUUCAAUGCUUCUUGGGUCUUUGUUGCCACUUGGGACUUUGUUGCAACGUCAGAUGUGAAUUCAUUUAUUCAUCACUCAGCCCAGGCAAUCACGUUUCAAGGGGUUUUAAUUUCAGGUGGCAAUGUUUCUUUCUUUCUGAUACAUUAUGGUGACUGCGCUAUAAUUUAUGAUCAAGUGGAGGCUGGAUAUGACACAAUAAACUCCAUACACCACUUUGUAAUUCCUGGUUCAAAUGUUGGCUACUCCAUCCCAAACCUGAAGAACACGAGUAAUGUAAACGUUCCUGGUCGCUGGGCCUUCAUGGGUGGAUCAGAAAAUGUUUUAGGACUUCAAGUGAGACUUCAGUCAUUUUCAGACCUAACAAAGAAGGAAGACAUUGAGACUGUUUUACAGCAAAUAAAACAAGAGCUGGUCAAUCGUGGACUGUCAAGUAGCGUCGAGAUGAAGUUAAGAAAAAUCAAGAAGACACAGCCGUAACAUCAGCCUCAUGGAAGCGAAUUAAAACACUGAACAUCGCUGCUGUUGAAUAUGUUGUUGGCACUGAUAAAGAGGAAUGUCACUUCACAAGCAGGAAACCUUAAUAUUUUUUCACUCUUCAGCUUUCUUAUAUACACACUAUAACACACAAUGAUGUACAAAAAACGUUUACAUGAACCAUAUAUGUUCCAACUCUUUUCUAUGUUGAUUUAGUUUGUAUAAUCAUUGAUCCACUCUUUUUCUCAUCACACUUUUGUAUUAUCAGAUCUCUUUAACAGUUGCAGAGGUUUAAGUCUAAUCAAACUGAUCUGAAGUAUGUAAACAUGUUCUUCCACUACUUACGUGAGAUGAUUAAUACUUGACUCAGUUGUGAAUUACUUGCUUACAUUUAAAAACCCUGAAUAGUCUCUUUUAAAAAACAAAAACAUAAAUGUAAAUUGUUUUUAAACAACUUUGUAAUAGAGGUAGUCUUUAACAAUAAAUGAUGCUUGACACCACAUAAGCUGAUCAACUGUGAGAAGAGCUUGUUUUCGAUUUGUGGUUGAGAGACGUUGUUUAUUCUUUUGCUCACCACAAGCAGAAGAAGUAGCUGAGUGAAUUAAAUAUACUGAACUAAAUCAGUAAAAUUUCCGGCAAUCUCAACACUUACAUAACAAUGUUGAAAUCUGAAAACGUGUUCACUGUGAAAGUAAAAUGUUACUUCAAAUUAUGAUCUAGGACCUUUUAACAGUGCGUUCCAUCUCUGAGUCAUCCACAUAAUCCACAUUGGAAUUCCACAUCUGAAUUGUUGUAUUAAUAAUCAGUGUUAGGGGAAGUUACUUUUAAAAGCAUUACAA